UCACACGAGCGCAUAACUACAUAAUAAACUCAUUUUUGGCGCUUAAAACUCAAUAGCGUUCCGACUCACGUCUCGCGGCCAAAAUGGUCGAGGUUAUCCGGCCAGCGACUGCGCAAAGACUGUUUGGAUUCGGUGCAGGUGCACUCGUGGUGUCAUUCGUCUACUUUUCGACGCAUCGGCAGGUUUGGCGACAAACUUCGGAAGUGGCGCAGCAAUAUGGGGCUGCUCCCCCAGCGGAGACUAUCAAGUCCGCUGCUGAUGACGAGCAGCCUCUCUUUGGGCCCAAGCUCCGUGCGACCGUGACGCGGAAAUGGAAUCAGGGCGUGGAUGCAACCCUGGGAGCGCUGGCGACGGAGCUGGCUAAGCGGGGGCUUUGAUGAAGGCGAUAUUCUUCAUGUCAAAUCGCGGGGAGUUGCGGCGGCCAAAGGCCGGGGACCCCCUGCACGCCGCGUGCACAGCCGCUGGCUCACGUCAUACAUACAUCACAGUGGUCAGCACUAGUUACGCAGGGGAGCAAGGCAGAUGGGAGCAGGGGUAUGGGUCUCAGAGGACCAGGGGUUUGGGCCGCAGUGCUGGUGGCUCCCAGUGCCGCGCCUUAUAUGUACAGGUUGACGGCAUCGGAAGUGAGUGCGUUGUUAUCCGAGUUGGUUAGCAAAACCCCCAAAUGAGUCGGUAAGCAAAACCCCUCACGAAGGAAGAUAGUGCGUAUGACUCUACGGUAGUCACAUGCUGUAGGAUGUUCAGGUGGAGCCUUUGAUGGGGAUUGGCAGUACCGUACACUGCCAAUGCAGCGGUGGUAACGCUUGUGGAGCGGCGGCGGUGUCAGUGGCAUUGCAGGAGUCAGGAGGGAUACGAACCACGUUGGUAAGCCUGCAAUAGGGGCGCUUGACUUGCUACGCACUAGGCUUAUUCGACAUUGGAUUGUGAUGUACGAAAGACACGUAUUGGCACGGCUACGUAUGGUGUGCAUGUCGGCGUCUCCCCUCUUUGAGCAGCCACAUGCAUGUGGCUCGUCGAUGUUGUGUGUCCGGCCAAUGAUCAACUUUGUGAAGUGUCAACAAGAGAGUGCUUGAGGACAUCAGUAAGUGCCCCGCAAAUCGGCGACUGUCAAGUUGAGCUAUUGGUUAAAGUGUGUGUGUGUGUGUGUGUGUGUGUGUGUGUGUGUGUGUGUGUGUGUGUGUGUGUGUGUGUGUGAUCAAACAUUGGUAUGCGAUCUGCAGCACCAUGUAAAACUUUUGAAGUCACCGAAGUACCGCCCAAGGGUACCGACGUUGUUGAACUGGCUGUCAACCAGGUCCAAGCUGUUGACCCAUAGCCCCGCCCUUAAUAUUACCAGCCGGCAAGCUUACCGCUGUAACCAAGCGGGUGCUAGAGGAAUGGUAUGGAAUUUUGGUAGCCCGGGGGUUUAUGGCACGGUUUCACAACAUCACGUUAUAACCGGGUAGAUGAACCGUCGGUAAAGAUAACGACAGGGUUCACGGAAUACCGUUAUCAACCGAUCGGUGCCACGACACUUAUGACAGUUGAGCCAUGUUGAGUGGUCACCCCCUUAGAAGCGGUGGCAGGCUGGUGCCUUUCCCGGCAGAUGGGCGAUCCACCUGCCACUCGUUAGCACGUGCUGCAUGUCCCCUCAUAGCCUGGCGGCCGCAUAGUCAACCUGCUGUUCGUGGUGUACGGCAACCGGCAAGACUCAGGAAGUGAGGGCGCCUCUGGUGGGACUACACAACUUGAAGCUGCGGCUACUGGUAGUAAUGUGGCUGUCAGGGGCGGGAGUGGCAGUGAGUGGGCAACCCAGGGCCACCAAACCCAAGUGGUACCAAGGCCGUUGCUACAUAUAGAUUAUAGAGUAAGUCACACCCGCAGGUGUCAAGCGCACUUAGCAGGGGAGCUUGCACAGUGUGGACAUGUGACGUGCCGUCGGGAACGUGUAAGGGGCAAAGUAG